AUGAGGUGCCUGAGUGAGGAUGCAGAAGUCCUACUGAUGGAUGAGAAUCAAGACUACUUCCAGCAGUAUGAUUUUGGGGAGGAGAGGGACCCCUUGUUUAGGGCAGGAGGCUCUCCCCGGGCAGGGAGGAGAGGGACCCCCUAUUCAAGGCAGGAGGCUCUCCCCCACUGGUCGCCGGGCACUCAGAGAGAUACCCCACACCUGUGGAGAACAACUACCAAGGAGGCCUCCAGUCCACCCAAAACUUUCAAUUCGGAAACCGAACCACCUGGACUCUCGAGAGAGGCUUUGCAGAGCAGCGCCACGUCAGCACGACGGGUGGUGAAAGCCAUACGGGAGGAGGACGUGCUGAGAUCCAGUCCAACACAGCCUGCCUUCUCUCCAGGAGAUCUCGUUUGGGUGAAGCGUCACGACCCUGGCAGCCUGGAACCUAGAUGGGAUGGACCCUACCAGGUGGUGCUGAGCACUCCAACCGUCAUCAAAGUCGCAGGAAAGAGGCACUGGAUCCACUGUACGCAGGUUAAGAAAACGAACGACAGCGUCGAGGGAUGGGCCCCGAAGAAGAACUGCACGAUCGGAAAUUGGAACCCCGUCCUCCUCAUGCCUCUCGCCUGGUGGACUGACCAAUGGGAAGGGGGAAAGACCUGGGGACUAAGACUCUAUGUAAGCGGCCGAGACCCUGGCCAGCUCUUCACCAUUCAACGCCGGACUCUUCCCCGGUGGUUCAACCCGAUUGGCCCCUUGCAUCCCCUACACAAGCCAGAGAGGCCGAGCCAGCCACAGCACCCAGCCCCAGCUAAAACUUCCUGGUCCCCCUGGCUAACUACCCUGCUCUCCUCCUUGGCAGGACCAGUCGUUCUGCUCCUCCUAGGGCUCAUAUUUGGCCCCUGCAUUGCCAAAUGCCUCCUCAAAUUUCAUAUCGUAGAGGAGGGCGCUGAAUCAAAGAUUUGAUUCGGGAAUAAGACCAGUAGGGAAUGUACUGGGCUGCAUAUCGGGGCACGCUGUGCUGUCUGUUCC